AUGUAUUCAGUUUUAUCAAUUGUAGCACAAUCCGUGAAACUGCAAAAACAAAGGGUUAAUCACUUUGAACAAUUGCAAUAUAAAUAGUAAUUGGCCAUUUCGAACCAUAAGAUAAAAGAAACCAUUGAGAAAAUUCAUUAGAGUCCCUCCAUUGAUAAGACGAAUGUUUCUUUGCCCAGAUUGAAGAAAAGAAAUCAAGAGGGGGACGAUAUCAAAAAAGAGAAUGCUAGAAUCAAAUUGAAACUUGAGAAUCUGAAGGGAAGCAUCAGUAAUAGACAGUUGAAAUAUGAGAAACCAAAACGAUAUGAAGAUGUAUUAUAAGAAUAUUUUAAAUAAAAAUUAUAACAAUAAUGA